ACUCUUCUGCUCGUCAUCAUGCAGGCCUUCCGCCGUAACACCCUCUCUGCCAUUCGGAACGCUGCUCCCGUGCAGCGACGCGGCUACGCCCAGGGUGCCACGCCUUACGCCGACACCGUCCAGAACCUUCGCAUCAAUGCCGACACCAAGGUUCUCUUCCAGGGCUUCACCGGAAAGCAGGGAACUUUCCACGCCGAGCAAGCUAUCGCCUACGGUACCAAGGUCGUCGGUGGUACCAACCCCAAGAAGGCCGGCUCGACGCACCUUGACCGACCCGUCUUUGCGAAUGUGCGCGAUGCCGUGAAGGAAACCGGUGCUACCGCUUCUGCUAUCUUCGUUCCCCCCCCUCUCGCCGCCAAGGGUAUCGAGGAAGCGAUCGAGGCCGAGGUUCCUCUGGCUGUCUGUAUCACCGAGGGAAUUCCCCAGCACGACAUGGUUCGCAUCACGGACAUGCUGAAGACCCAGAACAAGACCCGUCUGGUGGGACCUAACUGCCCGGGUAUCAUCGCUCCCGGUCAAUGCAAGAUCGGCAUCAUGCCUGGAUUCAUCCACAAGCGUGGCCGUGUCGGUAUCGUCUCCCGUUCCGGAACUCUGACCUACGAGGCCGUGAACCAGACCACCCAGGCCGGUCUGGGCCAGUCUCUCGUCGUUGGUAUCGGCGGUGACCCUUUCUCCGGCACCAACUUCAUUGACUGCCUGCGUAUCUUCCUCCAGGACGAGGAGACCGACGGCAUCAUCAUGAUCGGCGAGAUCGGUGGUAGCGCCGAGGAGGACGCCGCCGAAUUCUUCAAGGCCAACAACAUCCACAACAAGCCCGCCGUCAGCUUCAUCGCCGGUAUCAGCGCUCCCCCCGGCCGUCGCAUGGGCCACGCGGGUGCCAUUGUCAGCGGUGGCAAGGGUGGUGCCGACUCGAAGAUCUCCGCUCUCCAGGAUGCCGGAGUGGUCGUCGAGCGAAGCCCUGCCGGUCUGGGCAAGGCUCUGCUGGCCGAGUUUGUGAAGCGCGACCUGGUUUAAAGGAGGUCUGCCAUGGUCGAUCACCAUAGACCGACUCUCCAUUGUGGCUACUAGACGGUUCCUAGUUCCUUCUUUGUUGUGUAUUUUCUUGUGUCCAUGAUCGCUCGUGUACUUUGCCCCCAUCAUUGUUUGCCUACGGUUAGAGAAGCUCGGGAGUAAUUAGUGAUUGCAUCUGUAAAUCGGGAAUCUUCUCUAUGUAUAGUGACAGAUUUAUAUCUAGAGAGAGAUAUAUAUAUAUCGAUACAUCCGAAGGAUUAUGUAACGGUGGCCUGAGGCAAGGGAUGC